CCGCACGCGCUCUUUCUCCGCCCUGUGUAACGACGCGCUCGGUUGUGAUUGCAUCCCUCUGAGAGGAGAGACAGACAGGCAGAGAGACAGACAGACAGAGAGAGAGAGAGCGUCGAGAACAACGGAGCUGACAGCGGCACCUCCAGCCCAGGGGAAGAUGGAGCCCAGGGAUUCCGACUUCAACAUCCUGCUCGCCACCGACUCGUACAAGGUCACACACUAUAAACAGUACCCCCCGAACACGAGUAAAGUGUACUCCUACUUUGAAUGCCGGGAGAAGAAGACGGAUCCAACCAAGCCCUGGAAGGUUAAAUAUGAGAAAACGGUCUUCUACGGCCUGCAGUAUAUUCUUCACAAAUAUUUAAAAGGGAAGGUCGUCACCCCUGAGAAGAUUCAGGAGGCGAGAGAGGUGUACCGAGAACACUUUCAGGACGAUGUGUUUAACAAGAAAGGCUGGAACUACAUACUUGAGAAGUACGAUGGCCAUCUGCCCAUUGAGAUCAAGGCUGUGCCGGAGGGAAGUGUGAUUCCACGUGGGAAUGUCCUCUUCACCGUGGAAAACACAGAUCCUGAAUGCUAUUGGCUCACCAAUUGGGUAGAGACUAUCCUGGUUCAGAUCUGGUAUCCCAUCACAGUUGCAACUAACUCCCGUGAGCAGAAGAAGAUCCUGGCCAAGCAUCUCCUGGAAACCUCAGGAUCUUUGGAGGGACUGGAGUACAAGCUGCAUGACUUUGGCUACAGAGGAGUUUCAUCACAGGAGACUGCAGGUAUCGGUGCAUCGGCCCACUUGGUAAACUUCAAAGGAACAGACACAGUGGCUGGGAUCGGAGUUGUUAAAAAGUUCUACGGCACCAAAGACCCAGUGCCUGGAUUUUCUGUACCAGCUGCAGAGCACAGCACAAUCACAGCAUGGGGUAAAGACCACGAGAAGGACGCCUUUGAGCACAUUGUGAAGCAGUUCCCCUCGGUGCCCGUGUCUAUAGUCAGCGACAGCUACGACAUCUAUAAUGCCUGCGAGAAGAUCUGGGGUGAAGACCUGAGGGAGCUGGUGGAGAAAAGGAGUGCAGAUGCUCCUCUGGUCGUGCGUCCAGACUCAGGGAACCCUCUCGACACUGUACUGAAGGUCUUGGAGAUUUUAGGCAAGAAAUUUCCUCCUGUUGAGAAUUCUAAGGGCUACAAGGUGCUUCCUCCCUACAUUCGGGUCAUUCAGGGUGAUGGUGUGGACAUCAAUACACUGCAGGAGAUAGUGGAGGGAAUGAAGGAGCACAGGUGGAGCAUCGAAAACAUCACGUUUGGCUCAGGAGGUGCGCUGCUGCAGAAACUCACCCGAGAUCUACUUAACUGCUCCUUCAAGUGCAGCUACGUGGUGACGAACGGAUUGGGGGUAAACGUCUUCAAAGACCCUGUAGCAGACCCCAACAAGAGGUCAAAGAAGGGUCGUCUGUCUCUGCAUAUGACACAGAGCGGAGAUUACGUGACCCUGGAGGAGGGGAAGGGUGAGCUGGAGGAGUACGGAGAGGAUCUGCUGCACACAGUCUUCCAUAACGGGAAGAUCGUAAAGACGUACACCUUUGACGAGGUCAGAGACAAUGCCAGGUUCAAGCAGAGUGAAGUCGAGGAGCUGCUUCACUGAGAGACCAAAGCUUCUUUCGUCCCAUCCCAAACACACCCCCCUCCUUCCUCUCCCUCCUUUAUAACUCUCAACUCCACAAGGUUGGAGAUGUUUAAAAACCCCAGCACUGAAAAUGAGAAUGUAACAGAUGAAGAAUGAGUGGAAAAGGGAGAGAGAGAAACUCUCACUGUACCCUGUGUUCUGUGUUUGCAGCUGUUUUUGGUUUGUAGACUCUAUAAAAGCUUCAGUGUCUUUCUUUUUUUUUUAUGUUGGGUAAAAAUAUAAAAUAUUUAAAUAGUCAGUUUCUCAACUGCAGGCAUGAGGACCCACAGCUGUGCAGUUCUCUGCUUCCAACACACCGGACCCCAACACCUUAAGGGCUGAAUAGUGGGUGUGUUGUGAGCUGAGAAACGGUGAAACUCUUCAGCUCAGUGGAGCUGAGAAACAUCCUGCUGUAUUUAAACUGGAAAGGGAAUAGCGUAUGACCAACUGGUUGGCCAGGCUGUGCUAUUUUCUCAAAAUAAAAAUUAAAAAAAGCUGUAGAUUUCUUUAGCUAGCUAGAGAGUGAGAGAAAAAGAGAGAAUUCUUGCUGAUUUGAACACCAUGUAAAUGGACCAGGUCUCUUAUUUUUAAUGCUAUUUCUUUAUGCAACUGAGAUGGCUAAUUUGAAAGGAUGCACUUUUCCUCUUUUUUAUUUUUUGGCCUUGUUCAUCUUCAGUUCAUUUCCCUUCCUCAGAGGAAACUAUCCAAGUCCAUUGCUAGAUGUUGACUCAUGUUGUAGAAACCUUCUGUAGUGUAAACACUGUAAAGUAGCUGCGUCUUGUUAUGGGGGAUUUUUUUUCUUUUUGUACAAGUACAAAUGUCACUUGCCUAUGUUUUCUAUGACGUAGAGAACAAAAAAAAUGUUGGUUUUAUUAUUUAAUGAGAAGGAUUUUAGAACGGCUUGGCUUCGGUAUUUUGUAUACUAACUGUUCAUUUAAACUCCAUAAUCAUUAUUUUUAUGACAAUUAAAUCUUGCCACAAUUCUCACCGUAAAUAUCUCUAUCUCGUACGAUGUGGCCAAUAUGCCUUCCCUCUUGUAUAUAAUGAUUGUUUGUUUAUUUAAAGAGAGUUGGUUGCUUAGAGGAAAUACAAGUAUAUUGUUCUUAUUUUUGUCUAAUUCCCAUUUUAUACCAGGCAAAGAAUCCAUUUAUUUGCUGAGAUUUGUUAUGGCUGAAUUUGUUCAGUCAGAGAGAGUGUGUGUGUGUGUUGUGGCUCUAGAUUAAUUGAUGAUGCCUGCUCAUUUUAAUUUGUCUGAUUAGAUUUAUGUACAUGUUGAACGUCCCACUUUUUGUUUUCACUGAACCUACUUGGAUAUUUUAAACUGAACUGGCAGUGACGAAGCUGUCGGCGUAUUAAAAUCCCACCCCCUCUCUUU